GAGAACCCUCGACUUGCAAAGCUAUUCCUGUGUAAUACCAGUCUACAUGUAUCUCGCUAAGAAACUUGGCACGAUAAAAGGUACACAAGCAGGCUCGAGGACCACGCAUCCCAUUACAUAGGGUGUACUGGUUAAGAAUUGUCGCAGCAGAUAUCAUGCCUAUUUACCAGCCAAUUCAGGGGUGCAAAUGUAUGUACAUUUUGCCUCUAUUAUGGCUGCAACAAGAAUUAAUCCAGCCACUGUGGAGAUCAAAUCUGGGGGUGCUAUGAGUGAGGGUGUGACUACUAGAAACGCGAGUUUACGAACCUUGCCAUAUUUUUGUCAAGUCUGUCAUUGUCAAGUCUGUCAUUGUCAAGGCCUGCCAUUGUCAAGGUCUGUCAUUGUCAAGGCCUGUGAUUGUCAAGGCCUGCCAUUGUCAAGGCCUGCCAUUGUCAAGGCCUGCCAUUGUCAAGGCCAAUUCCCUCCCCAUCCACGGUCCGUAAACACAAGAGAAGAAGAAGCCAUGUCAUUGCCCUGCGCAGCAUUUACAACCAGACGAGGCAUUCACAGAGGGAGAACCAAGCGUUACCAACACCCCCAAGGGCGCACCCCCAAGGGCGCGCCCUCAAUUCCAGUCUAUUCCCCAGCUCGCCGUCUGCUACGCCAGUCACGGCAUGCAGCCCGAUAGCGAUAAGAAGAGCCGCACAUCUACACAACGCUAUCAAUAACGCCCCCGCUCCACCGUCUCA